AUGCGGCGUUGUUUUCUGCACUGUGUGGUUUUGACAGCCACAAUUUUUCUGUUUCUUUCGGCCUCUUUUGGGGAGGCGCAAAUUACUGCGGAAAACCGGGCCGGGAAUUUGACUCGGAGGGAUUCAAGGGAAAAAGAGAAGUGGGGCUGUGUUUUAUGCACCUUUAUUACCGGACUUGUGUCUCAACUGAGGCAAUUGCAUGGGGUCUCCGCGAAUGAGGCACUCAGUAAGUUUUGUGAAUUUUUUGGCUCUCCCAAAGGCCUUAUGUGCCGCCUCGCCAGUCUUAUUUUGUUUCGGAAAGCUCUUCCUCUCAUUGACGCAAACAACACCCCUGACGUUGUGUGCCGGACAUUGUCGUACUGUAAGGACCCGAAAUGCCAUAUUUUCCCUGUUGGAAACGCCACCGUUUCAGUGAAAUCCCUGCGGAAAAUACAUCAGUUGGAGAGGGUCAAGGCAAAGGACUUGUGUAGUCAGUUGCCGAUGCUUUGUCCAGUGAGACGUGGUCUGCGUCCCGCGUAUGAUGAGGAUGGCGAUUUAUUCUCGACCUACCCCACGAAGCGCGGGAGUGAUUGGCGGGGCCGUGACUGCGACGACAAGGAUCCCAAGGUGUACCCCGGCCGCAAUACCACGGACGCUUUCAGGGACGAGAACUGCAACGGCAUUUUUGGAGUGGAUAACGUUACAGGGAAAACAUACGAGGAAUUGUGGUGCCUCAACUCCUCGUCGAUGGGCGUUAUUGCACUGGGGGACAGCGUCACGGCACAUUUUGGUAUUCCAGCCGAUUUUCUUGAGGUCCGGAGCCUUUCAACCGCUGGCCUUGCUAAUAUUAUGGGCAUCAUUGCGAAUGAUUUUGAUUGGCCGAUGCUUUCUGGCAUCACUGGCUUUGCCAAUGUGUCAGAUUACAAGCCGAAUCGCGAAGGUUUUAUGAAGUCUGUGUACAGCGAACUGUUGAAGCGAAAUAAAUGUAAUCAUCGUGACUACCAGAAUAUUGGCGUAAACGGUGCCUUAGUUAGAGACCUUAGCGGAAUGCUGGACUUUGUUGCUCGGAACCGAACUGCUUUUGUAAAACCAGCACUCAUUUUUUUUUCGAUGGUCGGUAAUGAUGUAUGCAGUCCUCCUCCCCGUGCCACCACGCCACAAGAGUAUUACAUAGGUCUAACUAAAGCUCUGGAAAAGGCAGAGACCAUAUUUCCAGCUGGAAGUCAUGUUUUGGUGCCUCCUUUGGUGGAUGGUCGUAUUUUGUACAACACGAUGCAUAACCGCACGCAUCCAAUAGGGAGUUUAAACAAUGAUGUCACAUAUUCAGAUUUCUAUGAUUUUUUAAAUUGUCUUGGAAUUUCUCCUUGUUGGGGGUGGAUGAAUACCAACGAAACCGUCCGUAAUGCCACCUGGAAAUUGGCCCAGACGCUAAACGCACAGUUACCUCGAAUUUUGAAAGAAUCGGCGACGAAAUUUAAGAACAUUAAGGUUCAUGUCCUUGACGAUGUUUAUUCGGGCGUUUUGUCUUCUUUUAAUGGGUCUAAAUGGGAGCUUCUAGAGCCCGUUGAUGGAUUUCAUCCCUCACAAUUGGCCAACGCGUUGCUGGGUGAAUAUAUGUUUAAAAAAACAGUUGAGUUGGGUAUUAUUCCACCGGCCAACCCAUUCAACGAUCUUAUUGAAAACCGCUUCGGUGAUCAAGGUGGACAUUGA